AUGGAGUCUUCAAAUACUAAUACACUUCGCGAAUAUAAUUUUAUGUCAAGAGAAACAUUUAAUAAUAUACUUACUGAAUUUAUUCAGUCAAAAGAUUCUAAAUAUCAAAAUGUUACAGUAAUUAGUUGUGAACAUGCAGAAAAAUGUAUUAAGAUUUUAGAAAACCCUGAUAAUAACGAACUAAAAAAUUCAAGUUUAUACAAAUGGAUUAAAAAAAAUGUAUUAUUAAUGAGAAUUGGAGAUGAAAAAAAACUUAUCAAAAAAAAGGAUCAAAAAGAAAUUUGCUUAAAAGAAGAUUUAUAUGAUUAUAUUUGUGCUUAUUAUCAAAUGAUUGGACAUGAACUUUAUCAUCAAAAUUACAUUUGUAAAAAAGAUAUUUCAGAAAAUAUUGUUUUAGAAAUUAAACUAAAUAUAGAAAUUGAUGAUAUAUUAAAUAAUGAUACUGAAUUUGUUAAUUCAAAUUCAGAAAUUAUUGUUUUAAAUAAUGAUAUUAAAUCUGAUAACUCAAAUCUAGAAAAUAUUAUUUUAAAUAAUAAUACUAAAUCUGUUAACUUGAAUUCUGAAUUACUUAAAUUAUCCAAUAUUAAUGUAUUAUAA